CGCUUUUGGCGCCAAAGCGAAACACUGAGGCGGAGGCCAGGAGCUGGCGCUCUCCUAGCGGCGCGGCAGCUGAGGGUCUCGGUGAUCGUUAGGCUUGGGAGCCGGCGGUUGAUCCGGUCGGGGAGGCCGGGGUGUGUGUGUGUGUAUCCGCCAUGUUCUGCGAAAAGGCCAUGGAGUUGGUCCGCGAACUGCACCGAGCGCCCGAAGGGCAGCUGCCCGCCUUCAACGAGGAUGGAAUCAGACAAGUUCUGGAGGAGAUGAAGACUUUGUAUGAACAAAACCAAUCUGAUGUGACUGAAGCAAAGUCAGGUGGACGAAGUGAUUUGAUACCAACCAUCAAAUUCCGACACUGCUGUUUGUUAAGAAAUCGACGUUGCACAAUAGCAUACCUGUAUGACCGGUUGCUUCGGAUCAGAGCACUCAGGUGGGAGUAUGGCAGUGUCUUGCCAAGUGCUCUACGGUUUCACAUGUCUUCUGAAGAAAUGGACUGGUUCAGUCAUUACAAAAAAUCCCUUGCUACUUACAUGAGGACACUGGGAGGAGAUGAAGGUUUGGACAUUACACAGGAUAUGAAGCCUCCAAAAAGCUUAUAUAUUGAAGUGCGGUGUCUAAAAGACUACGGAGAAUUUGAAGUUGAUGAUGGCACUUCAGUCUUACUAAAAAAGAAUAGCCAGCACUUCUUACCUCGGUGGAAGUGUGAGCCGUUGAUCAGACAGGGAGUGCUGGAGCAUGUCCUGUCGUGACCACACACUGGGCCCUGUGCCCACUGCUGAGAGUGAGGUUGAAACAUCUACACUUGGCCAGAGCGCGCCACCUGCCCCUCUCUCCUUAAUGCUGGGAGUCACAGAAGUUCGCCAAGAAAACCAGGAGCACUUGAACAAGGAGCAUAUUUGGCUGUUAAAAGACCCUUGUCUUUCUGUGUUGUAUGUUGUUCUUCCUACUCCUUUUUGUAGUACACAGUACUUGUAAUCAUAGCAUUACUACAGUGUGCUUUGAAAAUGAAAAUAAACGUUGUUAACAUUUGGAUCUCCUUUUAAGCUGUGGGAAUCACCUACCUGUACAGGUAGAAGGCUGCCCCCAGCAUAUUGAUGUUCAAAAAUAUAAAAUGUAAAUAAAAAACACAAACUUCCCUAUUUAGUUUCAAGAAAAAUAAAAAGCAGGA